AUGAGAUUUAGUUCAAAUAAGUUGUCUGGUGUCAUCCCCAAAUCUAUAGCUCUUUUUUCUUCAUCAUUGCUUAGGUUAAAAUUGAAUGACAAUAAGUUUAGUGGUAAACUUCCACGAGAAUUGGGGGAUUUACCAGGUUUAACUAUCUUAGAUUUGGGUGAUAAUGAAUUCUUUGGGCAUAUACCGGAAUGGAUUGGAAAAAAACUUCAAGAUUUGAUGAUUUUAAGGUUGCGUGGGAAUAACUUCAUGGGUAGAAUUCCUCGAUCUGUGUGUGAUAUUUUAGAACUUCAUGUUUUGGAUGUUGCAUACAACAACUUAACCGGAACCAUCCCCCGGUGUCUAGGAAGGUUGCAUGCCAUGGUAUCAGAUACCGGUGGCAAGGGUGGUGUCAGUGAUGAUCUUGAAGAGGAAUAUGUGAAUCAAGUCAUGAAAGGUGUUAAUCGUGUCUACACAACAAGUUGGCAAAUAGUUUUUAAUAUGGAUUUUUCAAGCAAUCAACUUGUCGGAGGGAUACCAAUCGAUCUAACUGCUCUCUCUAUGUUGAUGGGUCUCAAUUUGUCUAAUAAUCACCUUAGUGGGCGUAUUCCAGAAAGCAUUGAAAACAUGACGAAAUUAGAAUCUUUGGACUUCUCAAAAAAUGAUUUGACCGGGAUAAUCCCUCCAAGCAUGGCAACUUUAAGCUUUUUGAGCCACUUGAAUUUGUCACACAACUUUUUUGGACAAAUUCCAAAAGGAAAUCAAUUGCAUACCCUUGAUGAUCCAUCAAUAUAUGUUUGGAACAAAGAUCUAUGUGGAGCUCCAUUGCCAAGGAACUGCUCCAGCCAUGAAUAUCCAACAACGGAUGAGAAGAAAGAUGAAACACUUAGGCCGAUGAAGGUAUGGUUUUACCUAGACAUAAUAUCUGGUUUUGCAACAGGGUUUUGGGGUGUUAUUGGAGUUUUGUUGUUCAAGAAGCAGUGGAGAAAGAAGCUUUUCAUGUUUGCUGAGGAAACCAUGGAUAAGAUAUACGUUGCAGUUGUGGUAAGAGUUGCCAAGAUGAAGAGAGGAAGAGAAGCAUUAUAG